CCAACACCUUCUUUUGCUAACAUCGAAACAACACCAAUUCCAGAUCUUUGCAAACUCUGAAUCGUUUGUCAGACACAUAAUCCCGUUACACGCACUUUCAGCCCGGUCGAAAUGAGCAGACUACGGCCCCUCCAAGGCGCUUGCAACUGCGGCCGCAUCCACUAUACAAUUGCUGUUCCGGAAACUGCUACAGAACGAGCCCAAGUGUUUUUUGAUGACAGCAGUGAAAGCAGACGAAGCCAGGCCACACCAUUAACAGCAUGGCUCCGAGUCCCGUUGACCUGGUAUUCAUCCUCGACUGAAGCGUUCUUCCCUGACGAAACACAUACCUCGAUUCGACGGUCUUUCACUCCUCUGCAUAGUCCCCACACUCAACGAGUCUUCUGUGGAUACUGUGGCACACAUUUGUCCUACUGGACUGAGCAACCUCCCUCCGAGGCCGACUUCAUGAACAUCACCCUGGGCAGCUUACUUGGAAGGGACAUACAAGCACUUCAAGAACUUGAUUUAAUUCCUGAGGAUGUCCAGCCGGAAGAUGUACAAGGCCCCCAACAAACAGCCGUACAAGCACCUGUGAGGGAAGAGCAGACUCAAGGACUCACCCGGACGGAACGCAGCGGCCGAGCCGGAGGAUUGUCCUGGUUCGAAGAAAUGCUUGAGGGUAGCAGACUGGGUCGCACGCAGAAUGUCCGAAGAGGUAUUGGUGUCAGUCCUGACGGCAACACGAGAGUUGAAUGGGAAAUCUCAGAGUUCCUCGAGGAGGGCAGCGGAGAGCAACAGACACCCGCCGGCUCAAAGCGGAAGAUUGGAGAUGUUGCAAGCGGGGAAGUGAGGAUGCAGGGCUGAAACAGUAAGCAGUCAAAUGCAAAGUAGACAUACAACACGGUGUGAUAUCACAGAAUCAUGCAAGCUUAGCGCAGCAUCUGAUUUGGCGGGCAGAUUUCAAACGAGACUCAUGAGAAAGGUGGCGAAGGCAGAGGUAAAAAGAAAAAGAGGACAUUGCUGUGAUUGCUGUACAGUCGGUUGAUGGAGCCACCAACCUGAUGAACCGAGUAUUUACAACACUCUAU